GUUAAACUGCGUAGGAUGGUCGAGGACCUUCGUUAUUUAAACAGCUUCUCACAGUGGAUGAACCAUAUUGACUGCUCUUUGACUGAAUUUCACGUUGCAGCAAACAUCUCGAGGUAUACGAUAUCUAACUUUGUAAUGAAGGGUCUUUUGGUUACAAUUGCUGCCGUGGCAGCUUUUGCUUCGCUUUUUAACUGCGCCUACUGCGCACCCAUACCUACUUCGGGUGGAAACGUACUUGACGGGACUCCGGAGGAGAAAAAAUUGGCUGUUCGUUUUCUGAAAGGCUAUGAAUACCUGAAAACAGAGACGAGACCUAACGACUCUUCAGCGUAUCAUGAUGUCCUCUCUGAAGCAAUAAGAAAUGUUCAAAGGAUGGGCGACCUUCCUGUCACCGGACAACUCAACGCAGAGACGAUAAAACUGAUGAAUACAUCCAGAUGUGGCACUAAGGAUCCCAUUAAAAAGCUAAACAAAACUGAAGAUGGUCAGAAAGAAAUUGGAAGGUACUAUAUUCAAGGCACCAGAUGGAACAAGAAGCAUUUGACGUACCGCUUUACCAGGUGGCGUACACAUGAUCUUCCUCUAGACACCCAAAGAAAUAUUAUUCGGACAAUGAUCCAAAAAUGGGCUGCCGUGAGCUCGUUGACCAUCACUGAGGCAGACCCUGCAGUUGAUGACAAAGACGUUGACAUCUUGAUUAGCUUUGUUAGACGUUAUCAUGGCGACCCUUAUCCAUUCGAUGGUCAAGGAGGAACGCUCGCUCAUGCUUAUUAUCCACACAACAAUAAAGGUUUGUCCGGUGAUGCUCAUUUUGAUGACGAUGAGAGGUACACCACAGGAGAACCAAGCGGCAUUAACCUGGACUGGGUGGCGCUUCACGAGUUUGGACAUAGUUUGGGUCUGGAGCAUUCCAAUGUGCGUGAAGCCGUUAUGUACCCGUGGUACAAGGGGUAUUUCCCAAACAUCGAGCUUACUGAGGAUGACAUCCUGGGAAUACAGCAGAUUUACGGAAAACCAUCCACGCCUUCAACCACUGUCAAGCCCACAAGUAAAAAGACUCAAUCUCCUACAUCAAGCGAUCCGAAUACACCAUCAACCAAACCAACGCCAUCACCAACCCCAUCACCAACCCCAACUGAUCCCGACACAUCCGAGCCCGAUGUGUGCUCGGUAACCAAGUAUGAUGCUGUUGCGGUCGAAGAAAACCACCGGGGCGAUAGAUUGACGCAUUUUUUUAAUGGAAACUACUUCUGGACGCAUACCGGAACACGUUUGGUUAAGCCAGCUAAAGCCAAGAAAGUUAGAGACGUCUGGUCUGAAGUAGAGACCCCAGUAGACGCCGUUUAUCAGGAUAAAUUAAAGAAAACCCUCGUUUUCUUUAAAGGAAACAAAUUUUGGGAAUACAACAAGAAUAGACAGCUGCAGUCGUUUGGUGAUCUUAACCAAUAUUUUAAUUCCAAAGAAGCCGAAAACAUGGACGCAAUGUUCGUUUGGCAAAGAAAUAGGAGAACAUACGUAUUCAAGGGCUCAAAAUACUGGAGAUACAGUAAAGGUGCAAAGAAGUUCGACUCAGGAUAUCCACGAAAUAUCAAACAAGCCUGGGAUGAAAAUUUCCCCAGUGACAUCAAUGCUGCAGUUUCUUGGCUAAAUGAUAAGAGUUACAUCUUUAAAGGAGACCUAUAUUGGAGGCUGAAGAAAGAUACAACGAAAAUUGAUGUUGGAUACCCGAAACGAAUUGCUGAACAGUGGAUGAAAUGUAAUACAAAUGUCGGAGGCUUAAUCGUUGGUUCUGCCAACGAACAGCCUUGAUUUGAAUUGAGCACUCCCUUGCAAACGACAACACUAAAGAACACUGAAUCAGGAAGAAAAAAACUCUGCUAUAUUAUAACGUCAGUGAACUGUUAUUUAGAGAAUUCCUUCAAAUAUUAAAUUGGUUCAAUUUGUAUAUAUCAA